AUGGAAAAAUAUUUUUCUUAUUUAAAAAGAACAAUCUAAGUCAAUUUGGCUCCUGUAUAAUAAUAAAGCACAACUUUUUAUCAGGCCAUUGAUUUUAAUUUGCAUCAUCUCCAUUAAUUGCCACACCAAAUAAACUUCAUUGCGAAAUUAUCCCUGUGAAUGAGCCGUUAUUUUGACACUUCAACUAUUGUGAUUAUUUUGAUUCAAUUAUAGCUAGUUUAUUUGUUUUUAAGUUUUUGUUUACAAUUUCAAACACAUUCAUCACUUCAAAUUUCACAGCGAAAUGCAAAAAGCGAGCGGAAAGGAAAUAUAUCUUGUUACUAAUACCCUCAACUGUGUGCCAUGUCUGUUGAAUGGCGCAUCUGUAUUGAUAGAUCUACGAAAUGAGCAAUCUGUGGCUGGACGUAUUAAUGCAACAGGUACGGAUGGUUACAUGAAUAUACACUUAGUGGAAGCAGUAUUUAUAGACCGAAACGGCUUGCAAUACCCAUUCGAUGAGUUUAUGGUGCGUCCACGCAUGAUACGUCAAAUACAUAUACCUGCAUAUAUAGAGGCUGAAAGUGCGUUGCGUGAAUGGUUGGCUCAUGUUUGUCGGCCUGUAAAGAAAGUGCAACAAUCUCGAAAAGGCAAGAUGACAUACAAAGAAAAACGUGCAAAGCUGCGACACAAUGAGGUGCUUAAUGAAAUACAAAAAUUAAAACAGGAUCAGGCUAGUGGUGGUAGCCAAAAGAGUACCAACUAAUUGUUUAUUAUUAGAUAAUUUACAAAUUUUCAUUAUACAAAAGCUCAUUAAUUCAUUUAGUAUUUGUAUAUAUAUAUGUAAGUAGUACAUAAGUACUAUUUAAAAACCAAACCUAGAAAUUAAGCAAAAGUUUUAUAUUCAAAAAAAUGCAUUAAUUUUAAUAAAUAUUUGCGUAUUAAAUUACACAGAAAUUAAGAAUAAAAAUGGACAUUAAAUCCGUAAAAGAUUUAAGCAAAA